UCAGGGUUUCUUCUUCUUUUGUAUAAGACAGAGAUACAUAACAUAACAGAGAGAGAGAGGUGAGGUCAAAACUCAGGAGAGAAGAAGAAAAAGCAAAUGGCUUCGCCCAUAUCAAGGAUUGUUUUCCGCAUUGUGUUGGUUGCUUUGGCGUUUCUCCUUCUCUUCUACAUUGGUCGCCCUUUGUAUUGGAAAAUUUCUGCUACCGUCCACGAUAUCCGCAACAAUAAGCAAACUGUCAGAGAAGGUCUUUCCCAGAUCGUUAUGGAAGCUCAGAAAUCGAUGGGUUGGUUUCACGAUGAGUUCGACUCCGGAGUCCGUCCUAAGAGCCGAAAGCUGCUUCUUCUUGAGGCUUUUUCGAGUGUAGUUGCUUAGAUGUCAUGUCAGAUUUUUUGUUUUGGGGUUCUUUGUUCUUUUCUUUUUCAUGAUUCUGUGAUUUUCUUAUCUAGUUUUUGUCUUAUAGGAACAAUAAUGAUGUAGAUGAAUCUUUUUUGAAGUACAAAAUUAUCAUGACAUUCUAGAUUUGGCAGCGUUUCUAUUCUUAUGUAU